GAUGAAGCGGCAACGCGCUGGCGGGGCUGGCGGUGGGGAGUCUCAUGUUCGAACCCGACGCUGUCUGACGUUAGUCUUUGUUUGAUUGGCAUCAACACAGUGCGCCGUGCCAGCGACAUACUCCUUCGGUUGAUCAGAUAUCGAGGUAUCAGUAGAACUUGCGCACGCGCAGCUACAACGCCGAGAAUACGGGCGAGAUGCUAGGCAGUCAUGCUGUUUGACUGGCUGCUUUCACUGGGUGCCUGGCUGGCCUGGCAGCUUCAGUGCUACUCGGGAUAUUGAACGGAGCGCGUCAUUUACCUGCAUCCCGUUGAGACUGUGGCACUGACGGACUUCACCGGCGGCAAGCUGCGCUUCAGGUACCGGCAUGGACGGCGCGUUACGGUCUCUACAGCAAAGAAUGGGAUCGGGUGACCAGGGCCGUUACCCUUGGCGCUGGAGUCUUGAACGUUUGCUACGUGGCCUCAGCACAGAGCGCGCCUGCUCAGCCGACGCGUUCACGGAAUGCUGGCUCAUCGAACACAUAGCCUCAUGGAACCAGGCUCUGCGCCCGGCGAGGCUUGUAUUGACAGAGUUCGAGCCGGGGAAGCUAUGCCUGCGUUCCUACGACGACCGGGACGGCUUCGGCGCAAGGUACCGUGGCGGCAGUGGCAACGAAAAUGACGGUGCUUUCCUCAUGGCGUGGCUUCCCAGACAACACUUCUGCAUCCACGAGGUCCGCGUGCAUGACCGAAUGCAUGUGGAACGGCUCUCCUUCGUGGCUUCUUUCAUCGUCGGGCCAGCGCCCAACCUGCACCGUGUGGUGUUGCGACCCCGCUACAGGCUCGAGCCUGAGAGUGGGUUCCUCGAAGCGUUUGGCCCGCCCCAGUGCCUCAGAGACUUGGACCUCUCGAACGUUCACGUCAGUGACUCCAUUGCCCCCAAGGUGGCCGAAGUUCUGCGCGGAAAUUCUUCAACCCUGCAUAGUGUCACUCUCAUCGGCAACCAACUGUCCCCAGAAGCCGCCGGCACCCUGCUUCUUGCACUUGUCGCGUGCGAGCGGCUCAGAGACUUGAGCCUUCAAGAUAGCACAGAUUCCUCUGCCUGUGACGCCAUGGCGGAGUUGUUCAGGAGCAACAGGGCUAUUCAGAAGCUUACGUUGGUGGGACUCGGCAAAGCUGGCAUGACCUGCAAGCACCUCGGAUCCCAGGACAGACGCAGGACUUGUGUGAACUGUCUAAAAGACCUGUUUGCUGUGCUGGAGGGCAUUCUCUGCUUUAAGGACCUGACAUUGGUAUCGACCCCCAUCAAAGCCUUAAUGGGAAGGGCACUGGGGCACUUUUUAAACACGCAUCACUCACUCGUCACAUUGUCACUAGAAAGCUGUACUGUUGAUUCUGAAGGUGCAGCACAAAUUGCCAAAGCACUGUCUGCCAACUGCACACUGGAGCAACUCAGCUUACCAGACUGUACUCUUGAAGGCGACGUGGUCACCAAGUUAUGCUCGGCUGUCGCCGUCAACACCACCUUGAAGAGUCUCGUGCUACCAGAGGUCUUCACCUCCACCCGUACCAUAGAAGAAGGGGGCCCUACAUUUGAGAUGCUGAAACAACAGUGCCCCGGUCGUGUCUACUUCCCUUUGUCCGUGCCUCUUCCAUCGUUCGUGUCUCCGGCCCUGGCUGAGGGCCUUUCGUGUGCUUCAAAGCUGAAGAUAUGCCACUGGGGAAUCGUAGGCGAUGUGCUCUGCUCCAUGUAUGCCUCACUGUCCCUAAAUAAUUCACUGCGCUGCCUCCACGUUGACUACAUGGGCGGCGGCAGCGCAGACACAGAUGUUGGAUCAGAAUCUCUCCUCACCUCCUUGUGCACCGCUCUCACGGCUUGUGCACAUUUUCAAACCUUCCACCUGGACCUGCACAGGUCCUUCAACGACUUUGAGGAGGCAAUUCCUCUGGCUGAAAUCUUCGCUGCCCUGGCAAACAAUCCAUGCCUAAGGAAGCUAUCGCUGACCGUUCCUCGGCUGGACUACAAAGCUGCACAGUUGCUGUCCUUUUUCGUGCCCCAGUGCAAGAGGAGUUUGGUUGAGCUUCGUAUCAAGAGCUGUGAUGCCAUUCCAGAAGCUGCCUUUGGUGCGCUUCAUGCUAUGGUUACAAAGAACACGUUCCUGUCAAAGCUGACCCUCAGAUGCACUGCGUGGGAUGAUGUGGUGCGGGCGAAUGCAACCUUGGACGAUGCCUUGGAACGCAACCUGGGCCUACUCAACAAGGCGGCACGGUUUGUAAUGAGCAUGGAUGGCGGAGGAGGGCCAGGGGCACUGACCAACGAGCACAGCUGUGCCGCUGCUUUUGACGAGCUGUACGGCACGGCGUCGCUCUUGGAGCAUCUGGUGAUGCUGUCCGGAAAGUGCGAGCCCCACGUGUUGCAAUGUGUCACGAGGGCCAGGUGCUACGUGCAGGAGAAUUACAUGGUCUAUGCAGGUGUUGUGCAGGCAGCAGUUGUUUGUGAAGCUGUUGAUGGGCGCACGCAGCUAGACGCACUCAACGUUGAUUGUUGGCGUGCUGUAGUGCAGUACCUCAAACUCGGCGAUGUCAAAACAUCGUUGCUAUGAGCGAGGUUGCGGGGAGAACUGCUUUGUUUUAUAUAGUGAGGUGAGCAUUGUAUAACAAGAUUCCUGCUGCUAGAAUGAGUACAAUAGUACAUAUUUCUGUUUAGUCUCAUUUGGAGCAGGUACAUAUCAGUGUGACAGUGAGGGGUGAGUAGAAUGAAUUAUUUAACCUCGUUUAGAGACCACUGCAUAUCAUGAUAAGCUGAGAAUGUCUUUGUUGGGACAUUGGCUGAUGUUUGGGCCAGUGAAUAUCAAAUGUUCGGCAAGCCAUGGCCCUUCUUGGUGUUCACAACUUGUCAGUGAAUGCGGGCCGUAUUGUGCUGCGCCUUACUUAUGCAGUGUUUAGUUGUUAAUCAUAAUGAACUGAUGUGUUUGAUGUGAUAGUUUCUAUUCGUGUUAAUGUAAUACAAUGUACUACAAAUUACCGCAGAACAAUGUGUGAAGCCGUUAUAGUAAGCACUGUAACAAAGCUCUCAUAAAUUCAGUGUAGCCCUGUGAAAGUGCUCUUGACAGGUAUCGCGUGGAAAGCCUCGCACGCAUGGGGAGUAUUCUAGGGUGUUUUGCUUUGUAUGUAGCAGCAGUCGGCACAUAUAAAUUGUGUAGCAGUGCAUGUGGAAACUUGCUGUAAAUCCACAUUGCAUUUAGUGGCUUUGUCUUUUGCAAGAUUAGCUGAACAUUAACAGUAGUGGUUAAUUCGAAUUUUUUUUUUUAAUUGGACCUAAAGGUUUUCAUUUUGUGUUAAGCAUUGUCCAUUGCUUUCAAUGAGUUCUGCAUAAUAGUGUAUUGAUAAAAAUUAUUCGGGCAUGGUCUUGGGCUUCUGAUCUCAUUAUUGUUUAGCACUUUUGCAAGUUUUCUUGUGUGCACUUGGCACACAGUUGCCAUAUUCGUUUCCUGUUACAGUAUAUUAUGAAGACCAGUAAUCUGCUAAGCUAACUCUAAUGUUUUAAGUAGUUGUCGGCUAUUGGGCAGUUUUCGAAUACUAACAUUUGUAAUGCAAACUAGAAAUAAAGGUACCACCAAAAGGGUAGGCACACCUUUGCUGCUAAAAACUUGCCUAAGAAAGGUAGGAGUUUACGUAAAAACAUAACGCAAGCUGAGUUUCUGGAAAUUAAUUUGAGGGCGCUACCCUAGUUACAGCGGAUGUGUUAAGAUACAGAUCAGCACAAGCAAACUGCUUCAUAACUUUUAUGUGGAGUAUUCAGUGGCAUAAUUUUGCUCUUCAAUGCAAGUUCACUUCUAUUAGACCCCCCCAGCUAAGUAUAGUUCGUUCCAUUUUUUUGUCUGAACGUCGCAGUCAUUGCCAAUAAAUCUGUCGGCCAAGGCUUGUACGGCGAGUGAUGUAAGCGUUGCAUUUUUUAGUGUAAUUUAACUGUUGCAUUCGGUGUUCACAAAGAUGCAAUUUGUUGUAAGAAUUAAAACAAGAAAAUAGGCAACCUCUUGCACCUGGCAGACUUUUCAUGACUGAACCAGAACUGAAUGUGUUGCUUUUUCACGAAUAGUACUGUUAAAAAAAAAAGGCAGAUAAAGAAAUGGAGGGUCAUUUUAUGUAUGCUGUUUUUACCUAGGUCCAUGUUUUUCUUGAAGUUGUGAGAAAAUAGUGCAUACCAGGGCUGGUCAUAUGGUUUGUUCUGAGAUGAAUUACACAGAGUUCAGAUUUGUUUACAUGCCAUCGCUAAAUUCAGUAGCAUUUCCUUAGGCUAGUACUGCUUGCAAGACAUUGGCCAUUGAUAAUAUCCAAAGAUGAGAGAGCAAAAAGAAAGAGCCUUGUGCACUAUGAGCAUGUAGUGAAAGAAAAGUUUUUAAUGUGAACCAUGCUUGUCUAGAGUGGUCAAUCAGCCAGCUUGGCUGCACUCUGUUGCAAAAAAAAAAAAAAAAAGCACAGGUCAGCGCCGCAAUGAGACCACAGCAUGGCCCAGCCGCAGCACCCGGCCACUCAACCACCCUAGACAAGUGAUUCCGACAGUAUUAGGCACCAUCUGUGGUUAUUGUGCAUCGGUGUUUAAAGCAAGGCCUGGCAGUGAUUUACAUUGGAAAUGCAUAGUGCAUUGUUACUUGUUGCCUCGGCAAUUAAGCCUCCUAAUUUCGUGCAUGAUGCUUGUGGUGGUUUGGCCAUACUUGGCCCUUGCGCCAGUAAACACUGUAAAUCAUCAUCAUGCUCGUGGUGGGCGAGUGCCAUCUUUGAGAACCACCUAUGUCAAAGAGGGGGGUGAUUUCCUAUGUGGUUAUUGCAGGGAGACUUUCAGCAUUAUUUUUCUCUCUGUGUGUCAGUGUGUGUCUGGGUGUGUGUGUAUGCAUGCUAGUGCGCUUUCCAACUUCAUUUCCUUAUAUAUAUAUAUACACACAUGCCAAAAAAACUGAGAGCUGCGUAAUUUUUCAAGCCCUACCCUGCUAAGGGUGCUAAUAGCCAAAAUUUGAGAGUUUGCAGUUGUUUGCCAAGUCCCUCGGUACAGUUCAUGCUCACUAAUGUGUUGCCCAAGUAUACAUUUUCUGGUUGUAGCACCACUGAAUCUUGUCCCCGUGAUGCUUGCGGUAUGUUCAGAAUGCUUGCAUAGCAGUAGACUUUUCUGGCUACCAUGUGUUCCUUGCCCCCCCCCCCAAAAAAAAAUAUGUAUCAAAAUUUAUUGGAGCAGCUUUACUGCGCAUGGCGUUUACUGUAUUUACCUGAAUCUAACACACACCUUUUUUCGUGCGAAAAUGGGUCCGAAAAUUGCCUGCACGUAAUAAUCAGAUAUGAAACUAAAACCGCUUUGGUGUCAUUAUCAGUUGAUUGCCAGAGGCAGCAGCGUCAUCGCUAACGCAAGAUGGCAAGAGAGCACAUUUUCGUCAAGGUUGCUAUGAUCUGGAGUGGUAUUCUCGUUCAAUCACUUUCGAAGGUGCUAUCACUUUCGUGUGACAUGGCAAAGGAUGCAUCGGUUCUGGUGCUCUGACAAGCUCGUUAUCUGCGCACAGUGCUAGGAAUGCUGUCGGCCUCAUGGUACUUCAACAAAUGUGGUGCAGAGUAGCGUAAAAUCUCAUAGUGAUUGCUCAAGAAUACCGCCAAUGUGUACUUGCUGUCCAUGGCCAAUGAAGCACAAAUGGCGACGACGGCGCGCUACUUGCAGUAUGACAGCUUGACAAAAA